ACCGUACUUCUGAAAGUUUUUUACUGUCCACUUCACAUGGUAGGCGUAAACAAUUUGCUUGAUUUCAGAGCACUCUCCAAAAUGACGGAAGCAGAGUUAUAUUCUCAAUACAAGGGGGUUUAUCUCCCAAAACUCGUACAUCAUCCAGAAUGCCUGAAACACUUCGAAGAAUUUACUUUUCGCACAGACGACAUUAUCAUUGCGACAUAUCCGAAAUCUGGCACAACCUGGAUGCAGGAGAUUGUACCAUUGAUCCUGAGUGAGGGGGACAUGGCAUCUGUGCUGACUCUGCCCAACUGGGACCGCAUGCCCUGGCUAGAAGAGCACCGCGCCAUGGCGCUGAACCUCGAGCAGAGACCCUCCCCUCGCUGUUUUGUCAGCCACUUACAUUAUUCCAUGAUGCCCAAGUCAUUCUUCAAGGUCAAGCCGAAGGUCAUUGUUGUGAUGCGAAACCCAAAAGAUGUGUUCACAUCGUCUUUCCACUACCAUGAGAUGGCAUCAUUCCUGGUGAACCCAGGCUCAGUAGAUGAGUUCUUAGCAAAGUUCAUGAGUGGGCAAGUGAUGUUUGGAUCAUGGUUUGAACAUGUGAAGGGAUGGCUAAAUGCAGAAGACCAAGAUCAUGUGAUGUACAUAUCAUAUGAGGAAAUGAUACUUGAUCUGAAGGAAUCCGUUUCCAAGAUGGCCCGUUUCAUGGGGAAAUCACUGAGUGAGGAGGUGUCUGCCAAGAUUGCAGAUAACUGCACGCUCAAGAACAUGAAACGAAACAAGAUGUCAAACUACUCCCUGGUGCCAGAGGAGUUAAUGGACCGGAAAAAAUCAGAGUUUCUAAGAAAAGGAAUCAUUGGUGACUGGAAGAAUCUUUUCACAGAUGCCCAGUCAGAAUACUUUGAUGCAGUUUACAAAGAAAGAAUGAAGGAUGUCAAAUUAAACUUUGUUUGGGAUUUAAACUGAUCAAACAUACAGAUCCUGUACUCUGUAUGCCCCAAAGCCUAAAUGAAUUUCAACAAUGUAAAAAUGAAAAAAAAAAAAUUUUAUUUGCUCAUACUCAUUUCAGCAUUUAGAAAAUAUUUUACCUUUUUCCAAUUACUGCUUUUAUUUUCUCUUAUGAAAACUCCUACAAUCCUGGAAAACUGACAUUUUAAGUCCAUUCCUUUGUGUGAUGUUUCCUUAGAACAGAUGUUAUUGUUUAAUCAGUGGGAUAUUUCGGUCAACACACUAUUUUGGCAAAAUGAAGUUUUACAGCGGUAAUAUCCACCAAAAGAAUAAAUCAAGACAAAUUGA